AAUAUAAAUAUUUUGGUUGUAAAUAUUUGGGUUGUGGUCUGUAAUUGCCCCUGGCUUCCCAUGGUGCAUCGCUUUAUUUUGUCUAGUAGCUCAGGGAGAUCUGACAGGAACACAGCCGACCGAGGCGAGCCGCUGGCAGCAUCACCGAUAUGCCCUGCAAGGUGGAGUGCGUAUAGCCGCCGCGGCCAGCCGUUAACUAUUUAUUACAACUAUUUAUUACAUUUCAGAAGCUUCUCGACGCCCAAGUAUUUUUAGGUGAAAGUCUUCCCGGUGGCAAGGGUGGUGUGAAUCCGAACACACAUCGCCAUGGCCUCAGCAAACGUAACACUGGAGAACCAGUUGCACAGUGCUCAGAAAAACCUGCUCUUUCUGCAGCAGGACCAUGCUAACACACUAAAGGGGCUACACGCUGAGAUCCACAGAUUACAGCAGCAAUGCACAGACUUGACAUAUGAGCUCACCAUGAGAAGCUCUGAUCCAUCAGACAGCAGUGAAGAACGAUGCAGGGAGCUGCAAAGGAGGUGUGAGGAGCUGGAGGCCCAACUUAAAAAGAAGGAGGAGGAGAACACAGAACUGCUCAGGGACCUGGAGCAAAAGAAUGCUAUGAUUUCCGUCCUAGAAAACACCAUCAAAGAGAGAGAGAAGAAGUACCUGGAGGAGCUUAAGAUGAAGAGCCAUAAGUUGGCCGUGUUGUCCGGGGAGUUGGAGCAGAGGGCAAGCACAAUCGCUUACCUCACCUCUCAGCUUCAUGCCACUAAGAAGAAGCUUUUGGCUGGGAGUUCCUCUGAGGCAAGUCCUAACGUCAGUCCCAUCAGCUCAUACAAGCCAACGCCCCCCUCUGUCAAAGACAGGCAGCCUGAAACUCCACGUCGCCGAAUGAAGAAAAGCCUCUCCCAGCCUCUUCACCCAGAGCUCACAGAGGUGUACCGCCUUGGUCCUGAUGGGAGGCGAGUGGUUCUGCGAGAACCAGUCGAUGCCAUGCCUGACCCCACACCCUUCUUGCAGGCAAGCCGAGAAUCUCCCGAACCGCAGGUAGUCCGUGAACGCCCCGCCGUCAUCCCUCCCAUCGCCUCUGACCGCUCUCCCGUCCCUCCCCUGGGUGCCACAGCCAACCCUCGACACAGCCCCGCUCGGGACCGUCAGUACAGGGCCCAUGUGGGCGUGGCGCACCGCAUCCCACACGGCAGCGCUCCACUUGCCCAACCUCAAGCCGAGCUGGAGACGCUGGCAGUGGACCAGGUCAAUGAGGACAAGGUUGUGCAGAAGCGCUCAGAAGCUGAUAGGACAGUUUAACACUGCAAUGCUGAACCUGCGCAUUAGCACAGAUGUACAUUUAGGACCAGAUGCAUAAAAUUCAGUUUUAUGACUUAAACUGAGUGUAAUCACAAAGGCAACAAUGUGCUUAUGCAUUCUAUUUACCAGAUUUAUAAAGCAUCGCAUGGGGUGCCUUCCAGAAAUAUUCAUACUGCAUGAACUUUUUAACAUUUUAUCACGUUACCACCACAAACAGCAGUGUAUUUUGGGGUGGAUUUUUAGAAACAAUCUGAAAAUUGUGGUGUGCAUUUGGAUUUAACUUCCCUUAGUCAGUACUUUUAGAACCACCUUUGGUUGCAGUUAUUGCUGAAAGUCUUCCUUUCUACCAGCUUUGAACAUCUAGAGCAUGAAGGUUUGGGCCAUUCAUAUUUGCAAAAUAGCUCAAGCUUAGUAAGAAUGAAUAGAAUCUGGCAUCAGUUUUCAAAUCUUGCUGCAGAUUCUGCAAAUGAUUUAAGGCUGGACAUUGACUAAACCAUUCGAACACAUCAUUAUGCAUGGAUUUUAAUAUUCAUUUUAUUGUUUUUAAAGUUGUUUUGCUGUUUUGGGUGAACGACCACCACAGUUUUUAGCAGCCUCUAACAAGUUCUCUUCCAGGGUUGCCCUGUAUUCAGCUCCAAGACAUUAUCUAAGAAACUUCUGAGGCCUUCACUGAGAUAAAAUUACACACAGAGGGACUCUGCUUACCAAUUAGGUGACUUCUAGGGGCAAUAGGUGGCACUGGAUUUUGUUUAUGGGUAUCAGAGUAAAUAGGGUUGAAUAAAUAACAAGGACAACGUUUUUUUUAUAUGCAAUAAAGUACAAUUUUUCUUCCGCUGCACAAUGAUGGAGUAGUUUUGUCGACCUAUUGCAUAAACCUCAAUAAAAUAGACUGAAGUUUGCGAUUUUAAUGUAAAAAGUUCAAGGCACAGGAAUAUAUUUGCAAGACACUGCGGGAUAUGCUUAUAUCAGUAAAUUUAAAUCAUUUAUAAAAUUUUAUGGCCAUGCAAAUCCUUCAUACUUUAACCCGUUCAUGGUUUAAGGUAUGAAGGAACUCUUUCUAGUCUCAGUUGUGAACCAAUGAACAGAACAAAACUCUAAGGACCUUGACGAAAGUAAAAUAGAGACGGUAUUAAACGUGAGGCUGUGAAGCACAUGAGCCUACAUAUCAAGCUGUGGAAGAAGAUAAAAAAAAAAGCAAAGUUAAAGUCUUCCAACACCUCUAGAUGAACCUGCUUGUUUGAUUUCACUUCAGACUCUAUCACCUUUUUUUUUCUUAUGUCAGUUUAUCAGGUACGAUGUGCAAACUCACACUUUGCCCAUUCCACUUUAAACAUACAAGUCUAAUGUGUAGGAAGGGGUAUAUGCAUUGUUUUUUAGUUAUGCAAUAUUUAUGCAUCUGACCCUAGUGUACACAUUACAUUGCAAGAACAGCAAAGAGCCUGAACCACUGUGCCGCCUGCUUUUUACGCAACACAGCAGUAUAAACAAACGCAUCAUUUCGUGGUAUUCCAUGAGGACUUUUCUUCAUCUACCGUAGAAAGGGACUACUGUAAAGCAUGCCAAAUGAGUUUAAUUUAUUUCCCAGUGAGUUUUUGUACUAUACACAUCUUCAUGUUUUGCUUAGACCUUCUGUUGGAUCUGUUUUACAUGGUGCAUACAGCCAAUUCUCAGCCAAAUAUCUGCGCCAGUGCCUGCUUAACCGACCUAGUCAUUCACAAGCUGUGAAAUGUAGUCAUGGCUAUAAGUUACCUUUACGUUUCUGGGUUUGCUCCACCUUCACAGUAACGGGCUGGAAGUAGCAGCAGUCGAUAUAACAAGACGUCAGCAGCUUCAUAGGAUAGAGGUGAAGUAAUCACACUACUACUCCGCAAAUAUCUUUUAUUUGAUGUCUGUAUAACCACGUGACUGUAGGUAGAAGCUGCAAAAUGUGUAACUGAAAUGUGCCGGUUAUCAAGUUGAAAUUUGAACUUUUCUUUUGCUUAUUGAAGGAAGCAGCACUGAAAUAUUUUAAUGCAAUAUGAAUAUAUAUCAAGCUGGGAGUGUUUUCUGUGUGUAUGAGCGAGGAGAGUCUGAGGAAGGAUGAGGGAGGAUUUAGUUUUUGGUUGAACACUAUUUGUUGAUGCUAUUUGUCAUACAAGGGCAUUUUUAAAACACUGCUGGAUAUUGUUAUAUCACUAACUGUACUUUUUAGAAAGCUGUCGAUUUGUAAUGAGUUUUUUUUUAUUUUUAUUUAUUGUUUAUUAUAGGACCCAAAAGAAAAAGCAGCCCUGAUACACUCUGUACUUAUGGCACCACCAAAAUGUUGGCAAUUAAAUCUCUUAAUAGCCACAGUGAAAUCACUUGUCAUUAAAGAAUACAAAAUAA